AUGGGGAAGCAAAGCGAGUCAACGCCUUUCAAGGAGAAUUUCAACUUGUCCAAGAAAACGAAGGGUACCAACUCAGCCAGUCGCACAAGUUCAGAUCGAGAAAAUUGGGAGAUUGGCUUCCAAAAUAGUAGAAGCGAUUUGUUGAAGCAAGUGGGAAAUAGAAGGAAGAGCAAUCACACGUUUUAUUCCUACUCGCGGAAGUUUAUAACAGUUUUGAACUACAUAUUUUGCAUCCUAGGAAUUAUAUGCGCGUGGGGAGCCAUAGACUCGCUCGUUCAGGUAAUUUCCGGAAGGCAAGUGUACCUGUCGCUGGCGUGCUACUCUAUCAUUCUGUUAUUGGCCCUGGUGUUCCUAAUUUUAUAUAUUUACUACCUGGAUAGAGAUUAUCGACCAUGUGAUUUUUUUUAG